AUGUUGAAGACGUGCGUCGUAAUUUUUGUUAUGGUUAUAGCGGCGACCGUGAGCCAACUCUUGCCUCAUGAUUAUUACCACGAGUUGCAUUUACCGCACGACCCGCCCCUCCACCCUGUGUACUCCCAGCCGCCAAUUACGGAGUUCACUUGCCACGGACGCAGUAGAGGCUACUAUGCUGACGUCCACGCGGGAUGCCAGGCAUAUCACUUUUGCUGGCGACAGAGAUUAGUCAGUACAGAUCUGUGUACCAAUGGAACACUUUUCAACGAACAAUUCCAGGUGUGCGACCAUUUCUACAAUGUACGCUGCGGAUCUCCCUUUGAAGACCUGUGA